GAAGGCUUGGGGAAGGCACAGUGCUCUGGAGCUUCAAAUCCCCGCGCCUCCUCCUCCUUCCUCUCGCCGCACCCUCUUUGCUGCAAUGAGUCUCCAGUCCAGCCGCGCCGCCCUCGUCCCCAGCCCUUCCAGGUCGCUGUGCGCUCUGCUCGCGCUGCUGCUACUGACGCCGCCGGGGCCCCUCGCGAGCGCUGGUCCUCUAUCGAUCGUGCAGAGAGAGCUGCGUUGCGUGUGUUUAACCCACACACCCUUGAUUCAUCCCAAAAUGAUCUCCAAUCUGCAGGUGAUCGCCGCAGGACCGCAGUGCCCCAGAGUAGAAGUGAUAGCCACCUGGAAGAACGGGAAGGAAAGCUGUCUGAACCCAGAAGCCCCUUUGGUCAAGAGAAUCAUCCAGAAAAUUUUGCACAGUGGAAACAAGAAAAAUUGAAAGAAAGGACUGUGUGUUGGAAAAACUGCCCAGCUCUUCAGCAGAACAGUUCUCUGGAGCUCUCAGGACCCGAUGAAGAACAAAAGUAAAGGCCGAUUUUCUCCUGGGAAUUUGGUUUCUACAUGAAUUCCCCACUUUCAGAGAAGGAUGAGAGGAGGGACCUAUGUUUGUCCCUGCAGCUUUCUGCUCAGCUUAUGAAGCAAUUUACAUAGUAUUUCCUGCUAUUUAUUUGCUGUUAUUUUAUUUGCUAUGCUAUUGAAAUCUUUGGCAAUUGACUAAAUAGUAAGCCAAGAAUCACUGGUUUUUAAUCUUUCAAGGUGACUAGUGUAUUUGUAGAAUAUAUUGCCUAGAGUGUUACUGAAAAGGGUGUGGAUUUAAUAUGAAAAUGGCAUUUCAUUAGAAUGCUACAUAUGAAGAUAAAUUGCUACCCUUACUCUUCUCCUGAAAUCAGAACUAUUUUAGUAUUGUUUUUUGGGGAAUAUAUUAGAGAGUUUCCUUACUCUUUACACUGGGAUCCUAUUUAAGUUAUAUUGCAUUAAAAAGCUGGGUGCAUCAUACCGUUAUCUAUGUAGAAUAUAUUUCCUUAUUUAGAGUUUGUAAAUGUUUUAAAUUCUAUAAGGAAUAAUAUAUUCUUUUCUUAUAACUUCAGACAUUUAAUGUCUUCUUAGUAUGGCAUAAUGUCAUGACUUACUCAUUAAACUUUGAUUUUAUAUUGUAGGUAUUAACUAUUUUAUUAAGAGUACCAUAAUUUUACUCACUAAAUGUAUGCCUCGAAUAGUUGAAGCAGCUAGGAAAUAGGUAAAUUCCUUAUGGCCAGUUUUUAUAGAAAUGCAUUCUUUUAGGUUUUUUGUUUUGUUUUGUUUUUUUGAAUAAAGCAAACUUAAUAAUGAUCUGUACUCUGAACGCUUUGAAAAUAUAUUUGAGCUAUUUGAAUAUAGAUACAUCAUUUAGUUUUCAAAAAAAUACACAACACUGCUAAGAGUUAUAGAUGCUUAUAUUAGAUCUUCAAAAGGUUUUGACCAUUUUGUUAUAAAGAUUAUAUAUUUAUCACAUUUACUAUGUUAAAAUUGCAUGUUUUCAUUGUGUGUCUCUUUGGUUUAUAGUGCUUCUUUUAUUC